CUUCUCAGCGCUGCUUGUUUCUACGCAGUUUCUACGCUGUGGGGAUUUAAUGGAAAUUUCCACUACUUCUGAAUGAUCAAAAACACUUAUUCGGAUUAAUUUUAUUUUAUUUAUCACUAUCUAAACGAGAGUCGGAUACCCCGAGGUGGAAAUAGAAUCAGAUUUGUGCAUUCGAAGAGCGUAAUCUGCGUUCGUACAGCCACACUUUGAGUGUGUAACUCUGCUCCUCAUCAGUGACUCAUAACAGAGGUGAUAUUAUCGUCAGAAACAAUUACUAAACUGAUGGAGUAUCACAGUGUGGGGCCCGGAGGUGUGAUGGUCUCGGGUAGUAAUGUUCCUGCGUUUCUGACCAAACUCUGGACGCUGGUGGAGGAUCCGGAGACAGACCCGUUAAUCUGCUGGAGUCCAAGCGGCAACAGCUUCCACGUGUUUGACCAGGGCAGGUUUUCCAAAGAGGUUCUGCCGAAAUAUUUUAAGCACAAUAACAUGGCCAGUUUUGUUCGCCAGCUCAAUAUGUAUGGUUUUCGGAAAGUUGUCCAUAUCGAGCAGGGUGGGCUGGUAAAACCAGAGAAAGAUGACACAGAAUUCCAGCAUCCAUAUUUCAUCCGCGGACAGGAGCAUCUGCUGGAGAACAUCAAGAGGAAAGUCACAACGGUGUCGAAUAUUAAACACGAGGACUUGAAGUUGAGCACUGAUGAAAUGUCUAAAAUGAUCACAGAUGUCCAGCUCAUGAAGGGCAAGCAGGAGUCAAUGGACUCCAAAAUCAGCACACUCAAACAUGAGAAUGAGACACUCUGGAGGGAAGUUGCCACUUUGAGACAGAAACAUGCUCAACAGCAGAAAGUCGUCAAUAAGCUCAUUCAGUUCUUGAUCACACUGGCACGGUCCAACAGAGUCCUGGGAGUAAAACGAAAGAUGCCCCUGAUGUUGAAUGAUGGAAGCUCCACACACUCCAUGCCCAAAUACUCUCGGCAGUACUCGCUCGAGUCAUCUCCCGCUCUCUCUCCCUCCUCUACAGCUUUCACAGGAACGGGUGUCUUCUCUUCAGAAUCACCUGUCAAGACAGGGCCAAUCAUCUCUGAUAUCACUGAACUGGCGCAGUCCAACCCUGUGGCCACAGAGGAGUGGAUUGAAGACAGAACAAGCCCAUUGGUCCACAUCAAGGAGGAACCAUCUAGCCCUGCCCACAGUCCUGAGGUGGAGGAGGUGUGUCCUGUUGAAGUGGAAGUGGGGGCGGUAUCAGGUGUACCUGUGGAUACACCCCUUUCCCCUACAACCUUCAUCAACUCCAUCCUCCAGGAGAGCGAGCCCAUCACCGCCCCAAGCCCGCCUCCCAAUGACCAGAAGUGUCUGAGCAUCGCCUGCUUGGACAAUUAUCCUCAGAUGUCUGAGAUCUCUCGCCUUUUCUCCAGCUUCUCCUCCUCAUCUCUACACCUCAGGCCUCAUUCCGGGACAGAACUAAGUGAUCAUCUAGAGACCAUUGACUCUGGAAUAGAAAACCUUCAGCAGAUCCUCAAUGCUCAGUCCAUUAACUUCGACACCUCGACUUUCUUUGAUAUUUUCACAUCAUCUUCGGCUGAUAUGGAUCUGGACUGCCUGGCUAGUAUCCAGGACCUUCUGUCACCUGAACCCAUGAAAGAAACUGAAUCUGGUACAGACUCUAGAGAUUCAGGCAAGCAGCUGGUCCAGUACACAUCUCAGCCUGUAAUUCUUCCUGAACCUGUCACCACGGAAAGCAGUGGCACCAACCUGCCCAUCCUUCUGGAGCUGGAGGACGACUCGUAUUUCGAUUCAGAACCAGACGAAGACCCGACCAUCUCCCUUCUUAACUUCCAGUCCCCCGACCCUGAAGACCCCAAACUAUCAUAGAGAGACCGGCUUUUAUAAAGGGAUUUAUGUCUGUGUGGGUUUUUUAAAACUUUAUUCUCUGCGUUUCAUUUUAUUUUUGGUCAUUUAACACGUCGGGGCUAGCCAUAAGAUUGUUACUCUGGUAUUUCCUGUCAGGUUUAGUCUGGGGAAAAAAUAAUCUCUAAAAAGCAGUAGAGAGAAUUCAGUAUUCCUUCUAAAACCCUCUGUCAUGGAGUUGAAACAUCAAAAUAAGCUUUUAUUUGUUGGCUUGGUAGUUUCCUCCUUAUACCGCUCCAGAUGCAAAUCUAAAUUUAUUGCCCGCGCUUAGUGUGCCUACCAUUUAUUUAUCUGGAUUGGAUUUGAACCAAUACUUUGAGAUCUAUUCUGAGCGAUUCUCUUGCAGUCCGUCACCACUGCGAAACCUCAAGUUUGGCUUGUUGUACAUGCGUUUUUCUGCUAUUCUGGUUGUCAUUAUUUGAUCUAAUUAUGUUGCGAUAAUCCCCAGAUUGUUGUAUUCAACACCUGGUCUCAUAAGUACGCCAAGUAUUCAUCUUCCAAUAGAUUUUCUUUGCAGUAUAUGGAACGGUGGUUGAAUAUCUCAUAGAUAUUGAAGUUAAAGCAAAAAAAACUAAAUAAAUAACACACACACACACACACACACACACACGUUUUAUAGCCAGAAAAUGCAGUCAGUUUAAUCGGACAAGCAUCAAAAAUCAAUGUUGUGUAAACUUGUCCAGCAUCCCACAAAUUAUCUUCAGAGCCAUCAUAUAAUGUCUGAUUUUGGUUAGUGAAGAUGGGUAUGGGUUAAAGGUGAACAUUAGAGAUUUUAAUGAAAAGUUCAGUACAAAAAUCAAUUAUCUUUUGCUGUUGAAAGUUCUAACAAGCAGGACAGCCAAUGAGGCUGUAUAUAGGAUGUAUGUUUGAAUAUAAUAUAAAUAGUUUAGAGUCUAUACGUUUGUUUUUAUGAAACAAAUAUAUUUCAGACUUUGAAAAGACAUUCAACAUGAAUUACACGAUACGUGUAUUAUAUAGUGACAGGUCAUUUUAUGCAUUAAUAACAGGUGUAUCGGAUGAUCUGAUUUGAAGAAUUUGUGCAAUAAUUCAACUCUUAACCAACUUUGACAGCAACACUGCUUUCUUUUAAUCUUUUUUUGUUUGUUUGUUUGUUUGUUUGUUUAGCAAAAGGAACUAGAAAAUAAAAUAGGGGAAUCUCAUUAAGACCUUAUCUCGGCAUAUUUCACCUCAAAAUCUAAAGAAAGGAAGAAAAAAAACAUUUUAAACAGAAAAUAAAGCCAAUUUUUGGGCUGUUUUAUUAUUAUUAUUUUAUUUUUUUUUUUUGCUCUGUUGUUUUUAUGCAAGUAAAAUGUCCUAAAAAUAGGCUUUAUUUUCCUUUUGCAAAAAAUUCAAUAUCAUAUAUACAUAUUAUGAUAAAUAUUUUUUUUUUUUUUCUCAUGAUUUUGGGUCAAAUCUGACCUGGAACUUUUUGUGAGAUUCACGUGUAAAUUGGAUACCAAAAUAGCGAAUUGAAAUUGUAUUUUUUGGUGCGAUUUGUACACAUGCUAUGCCCUAUAGACUUCUAUCGUUCAACACUUGUUUAUUUUUGGAUGAUCAGCGCGGUAGAGGAACUGGCAGGGAAUAUCAUUUGUUGAUGGUUCUGAUCAUUUUCAGUCACAUUCUAGUCAUUGGAUGACUGUCAUAGCCAGAGAGACAUUAGGCAUAAAUUAUUUUAUUACGCAUGUGGACAACACUUUCUGUAUUGAUAUGUUUCAAAUAAAAGGUUUUUGAAAGUA